AUGACGGCAACAGUGCGGCAUCUAGUGUUCAUUGUGGACACAACGGCGGCCAUGGGACCCCACCUCCCCGUGCUGCGCGAUGCCUACAUUGAUCCGCUCAUUCGUACGGUGGUGGAACAGAGCGCGAGCAAAAAGGAGAAGCUCGAGCUGGCCAUGGUGGCCUUCAGGGACUACCCACCAGCGGGCAACUACGUGGUACGCGUGUCGGGCUUCACGCGAGACCCCAAGCAGUUCGGGUCGUGGAUGGACCGCCUCGACUUUGCCGCCGGCGGACACCAGACAGUGCCCCUCGCCGAGGCCUUCGCCGCUGCCUUCAACUUGAGCUAUGAGCGCAUGGCGAAGGAGCGCUACUUCGUGCUGGUCUCCAACACCGCUCCCUACCAGCAGGGAAUACCGGCGCGACUGUACUCCAUCCCGGGCCAGCCGCUGGGAAGCACUGCCGCCGACAUCGCGACCACGUUCCCCAAGGCCCAAAUCGCAUUGUCGGUCAUUUCGCCGCGGCAGCUCAACGAGCUCGCCGAGAUCUUCCAGAAGGCCACGAUCCCCGGAUGGGCCGAAAGUCGCGGGUCGAAGCCCGACGUGCCGCACAUGGUGCUGCUGCGCGGCCUCAAGAUCGUGUCGACACUUCCCACCUCCUCCGCCCCUUCCGCGUCGGCACCGCCGGCCGCGGCCACCGCUCCUGCCGUGACGAUGGGCGGCCCUGCGGCUGUGCCGGUGGCCCCGCCCGCCAUGGUCGUGCCCGCGGCCGCCGGCGCCCCCGGGGUGCUGGGCGGGACGAUGCCCACGGCCCCCGCAGGCAUUCCGAACAUUCCUUCAGCUGCUGCCAUCUCGGCGGCCACGGCGGUGGGCGGCAAUGUGCCCGUGGGCACCAUGGCUCCGCCCACCGCCGUGGCGCCGCCCAUGGGCUCGCUGGGCGCCGCGCCGGUGGUCGCCAACACAUCGCCCUCGCGACUUCCGGUGGGCGUGCCCGCAGGGGCAGCCAUGGUCGGAGUGACUGGCGGUGGCGGAGGCGUGCCGGGCGCCAUGCCCGUCAUCGGCGCCUCCGGCGUUCCGGUCGGCAACCCUGCUGGAGUUCCGCCCAUGGCCUCGGCAGCGUCUGCGGCCGCCAUGCGAGCGGCAAUGACCGCCAAGGCCGCCGGGAUGUCCCCUUCGUUGGGACCCACCGGCAUGCAGCCGGCGAUGAAAAAGGCCAAGACGGACGUGGGGCCGCGGCCGACAGCACAACAGAUGGGCGGGAUGGGCGGGAUGAACUCGCCCCUGGGCGCGCCCCACCCGGGUGGUCCCUUCAUCCCCGGCAACGCACCACUCGGCGGCGGCGGCGGAGUGCCCUCCACCGUUGGGCUCAACCCCGGCGUCAACCCCGGGGCGCCAGGCGGAGGAGGCGGCAGCAUGGCCUCGCCCACUGUCGACAAACGCGGCCUGCCGCCGCAGGUAGCCAUGGGCAACGCCGGCGUGGGAGUGGCCGGAGUGGUAGGCGCACCGAAGCCGCCGCCGACGGUCAUCAACCUCACCAACAGCGCCGGCGGCAUCCCGACCCCCGGCGGCGGCCCUCCGCCGCAGCAGCAGACCGGUGGCGCUUCGCCCGUCGGAAUGCCCGGCGCGCUGCAGACAUCGACCAAACCGAUCUGGGAGGGCACGCUGGCUUGGCUCCAGGGCCAGAACGUUGCUCUCCUCUGCAGCCUGGCCGCCUACCCGCGAUCCAAGAUCGAACUUUCGGCCUACGGCACCAAGGAGUGGCCGAGCCAGCUGUCGGUGAGCGGCGUGUGUUCGUCCAAGGACGCGCUGCAGAUGCACUACAAGUCCGCGCUCGUGCUCCACUUUUCGCCGCCUCCCUACAACCACUUCCUCAACCAGCUCGUCUCCAAGUCCUGGGCGGCGGUGAUCACGUUGCCGUCGAAGACGCUGUUCAUCAUUCCGCACAAGGAGACGCUGCUCGGGCUGAUCCACUCCAAGCAGCACCUCAACAUCCGCCCGUUCGCCACCGGCCAGCAGCAGGGCCAGGUGCCACAGGGCCAGGUGCCGGGCCAGGGCAACCCGCAGCAGCAGCAGCAGGGCCAGGUGGUGCAGGGACAGAACCCGCAGGUGGUGCAGGGACAGAACCCGCAGCAGGCCGCGCAGGCCCAAGCAGCCGCCGCUGCCCGCCGCGCCGCCGCCGCCCAAUCGGGAGUGCCGGGCCAGCCUAUGGGCGGCUUCCCGGGACAAAUGGGCGGCCAGCUGCAGGGUGGAAUGGGCAUGGCCAUGGGCCAGGCGGGCGGAGCCGUGAUGGGCGGACAGUCGGGGCAUCCGGGCAUGGUGGUGGGUCCACCACCAGGCCAGGGUAUGGCCGCUCCGGGCGUGGGCCACGGAGGGUACUCGGGCGGUGGCGGCUUCCCUGGACAGCAGUCGGGCCAGGGCGGCGGCGGCGGAAUGCAUUCCUUCCAGCACAUGGGCGCCGGUACGGCCAACCUUUUUGGCGACUGGUGA